CAGGCGCAGCGCCCUGUUUGUCGGCGCCUGAGAAGGGAGGAGGUACUGUCGAAACCAAGACAGAGGCCGAGGCGGAGCUGACCAGACUUGACUCCGGCCCAGAACUAGUCUCCGUGCCGCGCGGACCGUAAAAGGCCCCAGAGUGGAUGGAGGAGAUCGAGGCCUGAGAUCACCGCCAGCCCGGUCGACGCUGUGGCCACACAGGGCGGGGGGGCGGGCAGGCGAUCCCUAAGCUGCUCAGGGCCUUUCCUCAGAUCCCCGUUGAGGGGCCUAGGCCCCGGCCCCGCGACCGACCAGGCCCGGCUCUGCCCUUUGGGACCGGAGUCGACCCGACCGGAAGUAGAAGCCUUCACCGGGGCCAUAGGCCAGUGACUAGGUCGGGCCCGGGCCUCCCGUCGGGGCCGGACUGGAAAGAGGCCCCGGGGAGGCCCCUAGCCCACUAAACCCUUCCCUCAGGCCAACGCCCUCCAGGAAGAUGCAGCGCGCCCUACCGGGCGCCCGCCAACACUUGGGGGCCAUCCUGUCCAGCGCCAGCGUGGUGGUGAAGGCUCUGUGCGCGGCCGUACUAUUUCUGUAUCUGCUGUCCUUCGCCGUGGACACGGGCUGCCUGGCGGUCACCCCAGGCUACCUCUUUCCGCCCAACUUCUGGAUCUGGACCCUGGCUACCCAUGGGUUGAUGGAACAGCAUGUGUGGGAUGUGGCCAUCAGCCUGGCCACGGUAGUGGUAGCUGGACGUUUGCUGGAGCCCCUCUGGGGGGCCUUGGAGCUGCUCAUCUUCUUUUCAGUGGUGAACGUGUCUGUGGGGCUGCUGGGGGCCUUUGCCUACCUCCUCACCUACAUGGCUUCCUUCAACUUGGUUUACCUUUUCACUGUCCGCAUCCACGGCACCCUGGGCUUCCUAGGUGGUGUCCUGGUGGCGCUCAAGCAAACCAUGGGGGACUGUGUGGUCCUGCGAGUGCCCCAGGUGCGUGUCAGUGUGGUGCCCAUGCUGCUCUUGGGGCUGCUGCUGCUGCUGCGGCUGGCCACACUGCUCCAGAGCCCGGCACUGGCCUCCUAUGGCUUUGGGCUGAUCUCCAGUUGGGUGUAUCUUCGCUUCUACCAGCGCCAUAGCCGAGGCCGAGGGGACAUGGCCGACCACUUUGCUUUCGCCACCUUCUUCCCUGAGAUCCUGCAGCCUGUGGUGGGCCUGCUGGCGAACCUGGUGCAUGGCCUCCUGGUGAAAGUAAAGAUAUGCCAGAAGACAGUGAAGCGCUAUGAUGUGGGCGCCCCAUCCUCCAUUACCAUCAGCCUCCCAGGCACAGACCCUCAAGACGCAGAGCGGAGAAGGCAACUGGCUCUGAAGGCCCUCAACGAGCGGUUGAAGCGAGUGGAGGACCAAUCCGUCUGGCCCAGCAUGGACGACGAUGAAGAGGAGGCUGGGGCCAAGAUGGAUAGCCCCAUGCCGUCAGACAAGGCCCCCACACUCCCAGGGAAGGGGGCUGUCCCAGAAUCCAGCCUGAUCACCUUUGAGGCAGCUCCCCCGACGCUGUAACUCUAGACCACCUUGAGUGUAGCACCUCCUCUCCCAAGCCCCCUUUGACACCCUCUCAGCUACUCCAGGGCACUGACUGCUCUGAGGAGGGGAGAAGGCCUGCUGCGGGUUGCCACAGCCUUCUGCUAUUUCUCGCCAACACUACCCAGGACUCUUGCUACCUGGUUCCAGCUCCAGACAACCACUCUGCCAGGCAUGGGACCUCUGAAGCAUAGCCAGCCCAGGCCAUCUGAGGUAAGACUGCACCUCAGCAGGCAGCCUCAAGCAAGUGGCUGCACGGACACUGGUGCCGUGGCUCCUGGGCCAACCCUCACACCUGACACUGGUUGCUGAGAGCCCUGAGCCAAGGCAAGGAUUUGCCAAAAACAUUCUGGGGGUCCAGCCCGUGCAGGAGCCCAGUGCAGGGCUGCUGCACAUCCCUGCCUGCCCCCAGAAAGACUACGCUCAUGUUAAGAUUUCUGAUUCCCUCUGCUGUGGCCAUGGCUGCUUCCAGGCCAGGGCAGUCACAGCUCCCAGGUAUUUUCUACAGGACCACUUGAGUGGGCAGCCAAGCCCUGCCUCGCAGUAUCAAUAAAGCAGUUCUUUGAGGUA